UACACAGUUCCAAUCAGCUCCGGCAAGGGGCGUGGCCACCUCGGUAAAGCAGGCUGGAGACAGGCGCUGAUUGGCUGGAGGAGGAGAGCAGGAGAGGCAUAAAGAGCGACUGGGUCCAUGCGAGUCGAGACAAGAAGAGAGAGAAAGAGUGAGCGAGCGAGCAAAAGAGAGAGGAAGAGAGAGAGAAACUAAAAAUCACUGGAAGAGGAGAGAGAGCAGAAACACGUUAGAGAAUAAGUUUUGAGAAACAGCAAGAAGGAGAGAUACUACACGCGCAACGGGAGCAGAGAGGGGGGCUAUGAGGGGAGAAAGAUCAGCCAAUCUUCCUCCUUCUCCUCUUCUACUACUUCAUCACCAUCUUCUUCCUUCUCGGGACUCGCUUCCCCGAGUUGACACGAACUUUUUUGCUUCGGCUGAAACUUGUUUGGACUUACAAAGAAGAGAGAGAGAAGAGGACAAGUUCUUGUUCACUUGUUGAGGUGCUCUGCUUGUUGACUUGCUCUUAAAACUAAAGAAAGAGAGAAACAGAGACAUGGUGCAGAAGGAAGCGAGCAGCCCCGCUGAUUCGCUCUUCGAGUCCGGGACGAUGGAGGUGGACAUCAGCUCCUCUUCAUCUUCAUCCUCCUCAUCAUCAUCGCCGCCGCGCAUGGGAGACCCGGGCUGGUGCAAGACGCCGAGCGGCCACAUCAAGCGACCCAUGAACGCCUUCAUGGUCUGGUCCCAGAUCGAGAGGCGCAAGAUCAUGGAGCGCGCACCGGACAUGCACAACGCGGAGAUCUCCAAGCGCCUCGGCCGCCGCUGGAAGCAGCUGACAGACGCCGACAAGGUGCCGUUCAUCCGGGAGGCUGAGCGGCUCAGGCUCAAGCACAUGGCGGACUACCCGGACUACAAGUACCGGCCCAGGAAGAAGGCAAAGACCGCGGGUGGCAGUGGAGCUGGUGCCGGUGCUGGCAGUGGGACCACUGGAGGCAAAUCGAGCUCCAACAAGUCCUCCAAGAAGAGCGCGAGCAGCAAGUCUCAGAAAGCGCUUGAGGAGCAGCAGCAACACGCGUCGCUCUACAAGUGCAAGCCCGCCUCCUCCAAGAAGUCGCGGCGCGUGCACGCCCUCGGUGGCGGUGUCAGCAGCAACAGCAUAGGCACGGCGGCCGUGCCAGCCAGCCCGACCCUCAGCACGUCGGCCGACUGCGCGGACCCCAUCAGCCUGUACGAGGACGGAGGGAACGCGCGGGAGCGCGCGGAGUCUCCCGGCGCCGGGGGUAAGAGCGCGAGAAGCACGCACGUGUACGGCUACAGUUACAGCUACGGCUUCGGGGGCCGCUCGUCUCCCAUCCAGUUUUCGUCCGCAGCGUCGUCGCGGUCCUCCUCCACGUCGUCCAUGUCCUCCUCGUCGUCCUCCUCAGACGAGGAGCUGGAGGACGAGCUGGCGGACACGAGCGAGAGCCCGGGCUUCGACAGCGUGUCGCUGGGCAGCAUGGGCAGCUGCUCGGCGGCGGCGCUGGACCGGGACGGGGAGCUGAGCUUAUGCGAGUCCGGCUCGCACUUCGACUUCCCGGACUACUGCACGCCCGAGGUGAGCCAGAUGAUCUCCGGGGAAUGGCUCGAGUCCACCAUCUCCAACCUCGUGUUCACGUACUGAAAGCGGCGCGAGGAGGACCGGAGAGAAACACAACCCAACAACAUUAGAAAAAGGUCUCGCGAGACUUUGAAAAAUGUUUGUUUCAGCAAAAGUUUAAGAAAGAAGGACUGAAGGACUUGUCUCGGUGGGAAGGCAAUAGGAAGAAGAGCUUACUGAGAAGACUAGAAGACCAGAAACCAGAAUAAUAAUGGUUAUAAACUUUUGUUGUGAACUGGAAAACUGUGAUUGUUUUGCACGCACGUGAAGGGCAGGCGUUUGGUCCGCCAGUUUUUUAAAAAUACAUUUUUAACUUAAAAAAAAAAAACUAAAAACAAACCAACAAAGGGACUUUUAAGGACUUCAGCGAAUCGCCAUGUGAACUUUAUUUGCUUAAGAGGUACAUUUUUUUAUCGUCCUGGUGGAUUUUGAUGAACAAGGUGAGUUAAGGAUUAAAGAGUGAACUUUUUUGGAAGAAAAAAAGAAAAACAUGAAAGAAAAGAAAAAGAAACGCAUGUAAUCUGUCCUCUCUUGUAUUGAGAUUUUUUGUAAGACUGUGGAGCAGUUGACUUAGCAGUAGGCUUAUUUAAGUGGGUAGGCGGCGCUAUGUUUGGUUCCUAUAAAAGGAAAAAAAGAAAAAAGGAAAGAAAAAAAAUCACCAGCUGUUUUCAUGCUUAAACUUCAGGAUUCAAACACAAACUCAAAAUCUGUGCUGAACUUUAUACUCAACCAAUUCAGGACCAAAAUUCUCCUGUCUUUCUUCUUGUUCUGUUUCUACAGAUGUGUUGAGAAAUGCUCUCUGUUUGUUGUGUUUCGUUUUCUGUAUGUGUUCAGAUGCCAUUUUAUAUGGAUGUAUUUAUACAGUACUGGCCAAGUUUCUUGCUUUUCUUAUCUUUUUCUUCUUCUUUUUUUCUUUUUUACUUUAUUCCUGUCACACACUCACAACGUCUGUCUCCUUCUCAGAAGAAGGGCUAGAGUUUUAACUUGUUGAUUUUUUUUAUAUUUAAAUGUAGACUUUUGACACUUAAAGAGAGGAAACGUUUGAUUAUUUUCUCAGUGUAUUUUUGUACAAAUAUAAAUAUAAAUAUAUAUAGAUCUAUAAAACAAGGGGGUAUCAAUCAGUGUGAAUGGCUGUUUGGAUUUCCUAUCAUUUUAUGAACCCAGGUUGGCUGAUUUGGCUCUGAAUCCGCCUCCUGUCCGUGUUUACAGCUUCAAUCUGCAGGCGUCUUAAAGACACAGGCUCACCUUUUCCAAGACGACCCCCUGUCUAGCCUUUGAAAGGACAUUUCUACAUUUCACUCCAGAGUCUUGCUGAACACACAAACACACAGAGAUUGUAGCUUUAAAUGACCAAAUCUCUCGGCGUUUUAUAUCGAGAAGUUCGGGUUUUCUUUUACAACCACUGGACGGAAUUUAAGUCGUGACAUAUCGAACCGACGAUUUGGAGUCCGCAACGAUUUAUUGUGCUGCGACUUUCAUUGUAUUUGAAUAUUUUAAUCUUUUCUACUUGUCGGCUAAGUAUGGCUAAUUGUUUUAGUAUCUUACGGCAUGGUGGAUAGAUUUUGUAUUUCCGAUUCAGGUUUAUAGCUGUUGUGUUUAAAAAAAAAAAAAAAAAGAAGAAAAAAAGUAAAAAAAUAUGAGGAAAAUCGUGAAAUCAUCUUUGUACAGUUGACUGUAUUAUAAGCAUAAAAAAAGAUGUGUGUUUUAUGUAUGUUGUUGCGCUCUAACAUGACAGGCACUAGAACAGCUAUCUUUAUACACUUUUUGCUUAGCCUACUUACUUUAAAGAUGGUUGUUAAGGAUUUUAUAAAUAUAUAUAUACAGUUGAAUUAUAUUAACUUUAUUUUCAUUCAUUCUGUGCAAUAUGCUGUGUAGAAAUAUUGUUUUGUCUAAUCAUGCCAUAACACAUUUUUGAGGGGAAAUCUUAUGCCAGCUAAAUGUGUCAAGUCACUGCCUGUCAGAUUGUUAAUAUACUCCUGUACAGAACCUUUUUUUCAGGAAGGAAAUAAAAUCAGCUGGAACUGAACCCUAA